AUGAAGUACUCUGCAAUUGUGGCCAUCUUCGCCGCUGUCUCAGCUGCCCCUGCUGCCGUUUCAAACACUUGGAGCACCUUGACUCCAACUGGUACUUUGAACGAGUCUGCCUCGGCCAUUACUUCUAUUACUGGUUCUUAUGCUCUUUCGAUCAGAACCGUCUCGGCUUCUGUGUCUGAGGGUAUUUCUCUUGAUAAGAGAGACGACCUUGUGAACCAGAUUGGCGAUGGUCAGAUCCAGCAGCAGACCGCUGCCACUACUGCUGACGUUGUCAACCAAAUUGGCGAUGGCCAGAUCCAACAACAAAGUGCCACCACUGCCGAUGUUGUUAACCAAAUUGGCGAUGGCCAAAUUCAGCAACAGACCGCUGCCACUACUGCCGAUGUCGUGAACCAGAUCGGCGACGGUCAAAUCCAACAACAAACUGCAAAGACCGCUGACGUCGUUAACCAGAUCGGUGACGGUCAGAUCCAACAGCAACAACAGCAGACUGCUACUACUGCUGACGUUGUUAACCAGAUCGGUGAUGGCCAAAUUCAGCAGCAAUCCAAGACUGCUGAUGUUGUCAACCAAAUCGGUGACGGCCAGAUCCAGCAGCAGACUACUGCUCCAAACACUGCUUCUGUCGUUAACCAGAUUGGUGACGGCCAGAUCCAGCAACAAACCACUGGUCCUCAGACCGCCACUGUCGCUAACCAGAUCGGUGAUGGCCAGGUUCAACAGCAAUCUGUUGCUGCCGAGUCUGUUGUCCCAACUCACUCUGUGAUCAACCAGAUCUCUGACGGUCAGAUCCAGGCCACUGGCUCUCCAGACUCUGGCUCUACUGAACACUACUUUGAGGAGACUUGCGUUGCUGACGACUCCUUGCUCAUUCUGAUUGAGGACGGUGAGUUGAGAGACUCCCACGGAAGAGUUGGUGCCAUUGUCGCUAACAGACAAUUCCAAUUCGACGGUCCUCCACCUCAGGCUGGCACUAUCUACGCUGCUGGUUGGUCUUUCGUUCCAGCCGAGGUUGCUGGUUUGGGCGAGACUGAGGCUGACACCAAGGAGGGUGGCUUCAAGUUGGCUUUGGGUGACCAGACCACUUUCUACAAGUGUCUUUCUGGUGACUUCUACAACUUGUACGAUGCCUCCAUUGGCGACCAGUGCUCUGCCAUUGAGAUUUUCCUCUUGAAGGCUGUGGACUGCUAA